AUGGCUAACCGGCGGCGAAUUGUGGUUAUUUUUACUCUAGGAGUCUUGUGUUAUGUUAGCUGGACUUUGUUAUCUGGGUACUUGGGUUUCAGUACGGUAUAUCUGCAAAGCACCAAGUUCGACGUCAGCAGAUAUAAGAAAGGAUUCACCAUUGGAAAUAAAACGCAUAGAAAAUACACACCAUUCGAUGGAUCGUGGAAUAGUUCUUUUGUAGCCCCGCAACUCCAUCCUCAUUACGACGUCAAUUGUUCGGCGUUGGUUCAUAGGGACAAGAGUGUUGUUAAUCAGACAAAAAAGACGCUGGAGAGUUUACGGAAGAAGGGUAACUUAGUACCAUCGAACAAGGAUGUCAAAGCUUUUACGACGAAUUGCGAGGAUUUUAAAAGACAACGAGCAUAUCCGACUUUCGCGCGUUCAGAAGAAGAACUUGACUAUCCUAUUGCUUAUACGAUCGUGGCCCACACGACGGCGGCACAAAUUGAGCGCCUUUUACGCGCCAUUUAUCAACCACAGAACGUCUACUGCAUACACCCGGACGCUAAUGCAUCGCUUGAUUUCCAACUCGCCGUGUAUAGUUUAGUGAACUGCUUUCCCAAUGUCUUUAUACCGUCCAAAGUAGAACACGUUCAGUACCGAGGAGUUACGCGUCUUCUUGCUGAUAUCAACUGCAUGAAAGACCUACUUUCCCUUCCAGUCCAGUGGAAGUAUGUGAUUAAUCUGUGCGGACAGGACUUCCCUCUGAAAACCAACCUGGAGAUUGUCCAACAGCUUAAAGCUUUCAAGGGCAUGAACGAGAUUCAAUCUGUGACACCACCUCCCUGGAAGGUUGCCCGUACCGAGUACAAAUUCAAGUUUCUUUCAGGCUACGAACUUCCUAUCGACACCGGCAUUAGAAACUCACCACCCCCGCACAAUAUUAAGAUUUACACCGGCAAUGCAUACGGUGGGUUUGCGAGGUCUUUCGUGAACUUCGUGAUCAAAGACCAGGAGGCUGUUGAUCUUCUCAGAUGGAUGACAUAUACCUGGAGUCCCGACGAGAACUACUGGUCCACACUGCUCCAACAUCCCAGAGCGACACCCGUCUGGGGAAAGGGUCCGACAGAAAGACUUCUGGUCAAAAUGAUGAGGUGGGGAGACGUGGAUAAUCAUCCUCCAUGUGACGGGAAAUACGUUCGGGGUCUGUGUAUCUUCGGUGUAGGAUACCUAUAUCAUCUUACUGCGGUUCCUCAUUUAUUCGCCAAUAAGUUCUACUAUAAGUAUGAUCCAAUUUGUCUACAAUGUCUUGAGCAGCUCUUGGAUUACAGGGCCAACUUUCCUGAAACUGUGUCUGAUUUUGUCGCAGAUUUUCCCGUUAGGGAUUAAAAAUGCUCUCUGCACAAGAGGCGUCGAUCCGUACGCGUUUUUACCUGCACUAAUUAGUCCUUUGAAAGACAAUCAAACAUUUUGUUUGCCCCAUUCAUUGUGCAUUUUCUAGUAUUGGCAUGAUACCACACUCAUGCAUACGACGCAUCUACA